AUGGAUGAUUACCUUGAUAUUUUCGGUCAACAGACCUUCACCAUCAAUAUCCAGUCAUGUCUUUGUUUUACCGUCCCUGAUGCUACCGCACAUUCAGAAAUUACUGCCACUCUCGCCAGAGGUCUUGAGCGACUCCAUGGGAGCUUUCCGUGGUUAACAGGUCAAGUUGUCAACGAGGGAUCGGGUGACGGCCAUACAGGCCACUUCAUGAUUCGACCAACAGAAGAUAUCUCUCACUUGAUAGUGAAGAAUCUUCAGCAUGACCCCCAUGUACCGGCAAUGGAUGUCUUGCGGCGUGCCAAUUUCCCAAUGAGCAUGCUCGAUCAGGACACUCUGGCACCACGCAAAAUUUUUCCAGAAAGCAAAUUAGAGUCUGCACCCGUGUUCCUUAUUCAGGCAAAUUUCAUAACUGGCGGACUCCUUCUCACCUUCGUUGCUCAGCAUAAUGUCAUGGAUGCGACUGGUUUAGGCCAGAUCAUCCAUCUUUUCUCAAAGGCUUGCCGUGAUGAACCGUUCACACCCCAGGAACUUCGGGAUGGCAAUCUUCCACGCCGCGAUAUAGUUCCGUUGCUCAAAGAUACUCAGGCAGUAGGCACCGAUCUUGGUCGCUACAUUGUCAAUACCGCGCCAUACCGGAAUGUAUUCGAGUCGCCGCCAAAAUGCACAUGGACGUCCUUCAAAGUUUCUCCCACCUCUCUGAAAAGCCUGAAAUCCAUCGCCAUGGAAUCUAUCACAUCUCCCUUCUUCGUCUCUACGGAUGACACUCUGACCGCAUUCGUUUGGCAAUCUAUCGCUCGGGUCCGUCUGCUUCGCCUGGACCCUUCCUCUCAAUCCACAAUCAUGCGCGCCAUUGACGCACGGGGUCUCCUAGAUAUUUCCCCACUCUAUCCAGGACCCAUACAGAGUAACGUGUAUACUGGCUAUACUCUUCAGGAAUUGACGGAAGAGCCGUUAGGUGGCGUUGCAUUGAAACUCCGAUCAGCUCUGAACGACAAAUCGCACUUGGAACACCAUACACGCGCUAUUGCCACCUUCCUCGACCACACACCUGACAAAAGCAUCUUCUCAUUUGGGGCAACACUUGAUACGUCAGUAGAUCUCAUUUUCAGCUCAUGGGCAAAAGUGCCGAGCUAUGGUUUCGAUUUCAAUCUUGGGCUGGGAUUGCCUGAGGCCGUGCGAAAGCCACGAUGUAAUGAGGUAGAGGGGCUGACUUUUCGAUUGCCGGACACACUUGAGGACGAGGUCGUGAUUGCAGUCUGUUUACGAGAUGAGGACUUGGAAAGGCUGUGGUCAGAACUCGAUUUCAUUAAGUAUGCGGAGCACAUUGGAUAA